AUGGCAGUAGUUCAUGUGGAGAUUGUAGCACUUUAUCUUUGUUCUUUUAGCUUGAGUGAUGCAUUCUCCGGUCCUAGAAUUCUCAGGAAAUCGAAUUUUCAAGACAACAUGCGUCUAAAGACAUGGAGAGCGUAUGAAUGGGCCAAUAUUGGUGGUGUUGUAUGUACACUAUUGUUAAUCUUUGGCAUUUACUUCCUGAUAUUGUUCUAUACUUGCCCAGCAAUCUAUCAGCCUGAUCAGUGCGCUCGGGCGAAUCAUUUCGGUGUCGUUAUCAUUUUGGAAUUGCUCGUCAAUUUUCUAUUAUUUAUCAUCUAUAGCAGGCAUAACGAUCCACAACGUUGGCUCCAAAGUGUUGCAGUUUUGACAACCGUAAAAAGUGCUGGCAAAUAUUGUUUAGAAUGUAAUCGAAUAGCACCACUGAGGAGUCAUCAUUGUAGGCUAUGUAAUAUGUGCGUUUUGAGGAAAGAUCAUCAUUGCUUUGUGACGGGUGCUUGUGUCGGAAUUGCUAAUCAGCGUUUUUUCAUUGUAUUUGUCCUGUGGGCAAGCAUUGGUGCUGCUGUAGGAUCGUUUUAUAUUCUGAUGUAUUUGCUGCGAUAUAUGGAAUCUAAUAUUUACCCAUUUGGUUGGUUAAAGCUUCUAGCACCAGUUGCUGUCAUUCGAUGGAUUAUUUCCUAUGAAAUAUUUACCAAUACAGCUAUUUGCGUUCUAUUCAGUAUAUGUACAGCCACCUCGGUUGUUGCUAUUAUAUUUUUUGGUUUACAGAUGUUUUAUACAUUAAAUGGUUAUACGAUGUAUGAUUACCACACAGUAAGCAGAAAGAUUGAGUUACGUAGUGAUGGCGAAACUUAUUCAGAAAGGUUGAGAAUGAUAUUUGGUCAUUAUUGGGCAAUAAAUUUCAUUAUCCCACUACUUUGUUUUCCGAAUCAGCUGACCGCAGAUGUUGCUCGGAAUUUAUUUUCAUCUUAUUCGAAAGAUAUGUAA